AUGAGGGACCAGUUAUCAAUUUCAAAUAUUCAACAAAUAAGGGCUGGUCGCGUUGAAGAUGCCAUCCUCCGUGCAACAAAGGAAGGGAUUUUUGAGAUUGUUUUUGAAAUGGUGAAAGCGAAUCCACAACUUGUGUGGAGCCAUGAUGAAAGAUCAAGAAACAUUUUUUCGGUUGCUGUCGAAUAUCGUCGAGCCAAAAUCUUUAGCCUUAUUCAUGGUCUUAAUAUUCAAAACGGUUUGGCGGGUUUUCCAGAUUUCACCAACAAAAAUAACUUAUUACAUAUGGCAGGGAUGUCAGCAGCUUCUACAUCACUUAAUCAGAUCCCAGGUGCAGCUUUGAAGAUGCAAAGAGAACUACAGUGGUUUAAGGAGGUUGAGAGCAUUGUCCCUUCCAAGUCUCAUGGAUUUUUAAACAAAGAGGGUUUGACUCCCCGACAAUUGUUUACAAAGAACCAUGCAGACAUGAUGAGCAACAGAGAGAAAUGGAUGAAGGACACAGCAUCUUCUUGUACUGUGGUAGGCGCUCUCAUUGUAACCAUAAUGUUUGCUGCAGCAUUUACUGUUCCAGGUGGUAACGACCAAAAUAAAGGCUUCCCAAUUUUCUUAAAUGAAAAAUUAUUUAUGGUCUUUAUAGUAUCCGAUGCUCUCUCACUCUUUUCUUCCUCAACUUCAGUCUUGAUCUUUUUGGGAAUCCUCACAUCUCGUUAUGCAGAAGAAGAUUUCCUUAAGUCCUUGCCUAAAAAAAUGAUAAUAGGCCUUUCUACCCUUUUCUUCUCUAUUGCAGCCAUGAUGAUAGCCUUUUCUGCUUCUCUUUUUCUUAUGCUACGUGAACAAUCAUGGAUUUUCAUUCCUAUCAUUUGCUUGGCUAGUGUUCCUGUCACCCUUUUUGUAUUGAUGCAAUUUCCCCUUCUUGUUGACAUGACCAUUUUAACCUACCGACCUCGCAUCUUCAAUAGGAAAAUGGAGCGUUGGUUUUAA